AUGCACUGGGACCGGGGAUUCACCACCACAAACUUGCUUCCAGGUCCCAGGCGACUCUUCCUCCACACAACCACACACACAAUCAUACUCCUCUCAACCACGCAAACCCAACCACCAUCCCACAAUCCUCUUCGCGCUGCACCUCGUGGACGAAACACAUUUUACGCUGUUUCAGUAGCCCGAGUCAUCCAAAAACGACACAAACAUUUCGCAAUCGCGCAACCCACGAACAACGCACCACUACCACCAACCACCAACCACAUCCCUCGACUUUCCUGCACCGAAACUCUGCCCGAGUCCCGGUCAUCCAUCCACACUUCCAACCAGCUGCCCUCCGGCCACGGAACCCACGACGAACCCCCACGCGACAAUACCUGUCUACUUCCUAAUACCUACCGAGCACGACUCGCCCCUCGAUACACAUCGCGAAGUGGGGAAAGCAAAGCCCUUUCGCGCAACAACCUUCAACGACCGCAUCGCAUCCUCUUCUCUUGCCAUUAG